AUGAGAUCUAAAAGGGAUUUACACGUGCUGCUGACGGCCCUAGUGGUCGGUCUUUGUCUCAACGAAAUUCAGGGUCAAACCACCUGCAAGAAUGGCCUUGGGAGAGUGCUCUAUGAACGAUUGCCCAACCAGCAGCUCCAGGGCUAUGAUGACGAUGUGGUUCGGGAUACGGCGCCACCGUUUCGAGUGCUGGAAAAGUGCCAGGACCUGUGCCUGCGCGAUCGAACUGGCUCCAAUAACCUGGUGCGCACCUGCACCAGCUUCGACUUCCAGCCAGGCAGCCGGAUCACCUCUUUUGGCGGCAACUCCGAGUACGAGGAGUCGCUGUGCUACCUCACCUCGGAGCAGGCGGGGCCAGAGGGUAUUGGUAGCCUGAUGCUGGUGCCCAACAGUGUGCACUUCAAUGAGAUAUGUUUGACCUCCAGUAGACCGGAGAGGGAGUGUCCCAGCCGGAGAUAUGUGUUCGAGCGGCAUCCCCGCAAGAAACUGAAGCUGCCCAUUAGCGAUAUCAAGGAGAUCACGGCGGCCAAUCGUUCGGAUUGUGAGGAUAAGUGCUUGAAUGAGUUCUCCUUUGUCUGUCGAUCGGCCAACUUUGACUCCACCAUGAGAUCCUGCACGCUGAGCAGAUUCACACGACGCACUCACCCCGAACUGAUGGAGGAUGAUCCCAACUCUGAUUACCUGGAGAACACCUGUCUGAAUGCCGAACGGCGCUGCGAUGGACUGGCCGUGUUCGUCAAGGAGGAGAACAAGCGCCUGGGUGGCCCCUUCGAGGUGGACAUCUUCAACAACAUGACGCUGGAGGAGUGCCAGACCAUGUGCCUGCGGGCCGAGAAAUACUUUUGCCGCUCGGUGGAGUUCGACGACCAGAGCAAACAGUGCAUCCUCUCCGAGGAGGACUCCAUCUCGCAGAAGGAUGACAUUAGCAUCAGCUCCAGUCCCACACACCAUUUCUACGAUCUCGUGUGCCUCGAUAAUCAACGAGCCAACGAUUAUCCCGAUAACUCAGUCACCUCGCACCUCUUCUCGAGCGGCCGGCGGCCAGAUACAGCAUUCCAGCGGUACCGCAACUCCCGUCUGGGCGGCGAGUUCCAUUCGGAGAUCACGGGACGUUCUCUGUCCGAGUGCUUGGACGAGUGUCUGCGGCAGACGAGCUUCCAAUGCAGGUCUGCCGUGUAUAGCGAUCGCUUUCGUACUUGUCGCCUGAGUCGGUACAAUCAAAAGGACGGCAUGCGCAUUAUAUACGAUGCUGAUUAUGAUUACUACGAGAAUCUAAUGUUGAAUGUGGUGGGCGGAGGCGCCGAUGGGGACACCGGUGGCGGGCAUGGACACAGUGGCAGUGGCAGCGGCGGCGAUGGCAAGCGACCCGGGGAUCAGUCGGGCAGCAACUGGAGACAGCCUAAUAAGCACGACGAUCGGUACGGGUCAGGCGGAUCAACAGUCGGCGGAGGCGGAGGCGGAGUUGGCUCACAUGGCGGGACAGGUUCUGGUGGCUCCAGAUUGCCGGUGGGCAGCGAGGGCGUGGACUAUGGCAGGCCAUACGAUCGUUAUCCCGACUAUGCGGCCAACGAAUAUGAUCGGUAUCCGUAUGGGGGCGGCGGCAGUGACCGAGAUCGGGAUCGUUAUCCCCCGGAUCGUUAUGGCUCCCGCUAUCCCGAUGCCAUGGGACCCUAUGGCAGACCCUAUGAUCGUUAUCCAGAUGAUUAUGAUCGUUACCCAACGGCGGGCGGUGCCAAUGGGGAUAGGGAUCGGGACCGGGAGCGAGAUCGUGAGCGGUACCCAGGCCCCUUAGCUGACAGAGAUCGGUAUCCAGGUGAUAGAGACAGGGAUCGAUUUCCAGAUCGCUAUCCUCCAGAUCGCUAUGCGGACAGAUAUGGUGAUCGACGGUAUCCGGACCGUGAUCGGGAUCGGGAUCGGGAUCGUGAGAGAUUACCCUACCGCCCGCUGCCCUAUCCUGGAAUCAAUGACAACAGCCUGCCCAGCGAUCUGCCCCACACACGACCCUAUCCCACCGACGAUGAUGCUCCCUUCCGGCCGAAUGGUUAUGGAGGAGGUCGCUAUGGCGAAAACAGAUUCGAGGGCCGCUAUCCACCGCCCAGAUUUCCACCUGGUCGAGAGCGAGAUCCCGUGGGUGGCUAUACCGGCAGGGAUGCGCCGGAUAGUAUUUUUCCGGACAGACGCUACCGACCCUCAUCCAUGGAUUCGCCUAGGUAUCCCUAUUUGCCGGAUUCCCGUGGACCGCCGGGCAGGUACGAUGAUAUAGUGCACAGUGCCAGGAGGCCAGAGCCGGACUCGGCCAAGCGAUAUCCACCGGCUCCAAUUGCGCCCACGGGUAGCGCCAGCAAGUAUGCCUCCACGCCGAAUCGGUUUCCGGUAGGUAACGAUCGGUAUCCCAUUGACAUCUACAAGUACGGCAAUCGGCCGGGACCCAAUGAUCUUGGAGGCCGGCGACCUGGCCUGGAGCGUCCUCCGCCUCCCUUCUACGACUACGACUACGAGGAGCGGUAUGGUGAUAGGUACGGACCUUACGACAGGGAAUAUGAUGGUCCUCCUGGACGCAGGCCUCCAGUGGGUGGGCCCUAUGGACGCUAUGACACUCCUUUCAAUCGUCCCUAUGGCGGCGGCAAUGGUCUCGACGACCGUCCUCCCCUGCCAGGACUAGGUCUCUCCCAUCCCCCUACACCCUAUGGCGGCGGAGGAGGACAUGUUGGACUUGGCAUUGGUGUUAACUCCGGACCACCACGUCCUCCCAUAACCCGUUGUGAGGAGAGCGAUAAUUUCAAGCAAAUUGCCGCCAGGCACAAGAUGCGCCGACACUUUGUGCGACGAUCUCUGAUCGUUCCCAGCCUGAUUCAGUGCGAGAGGGAGUGCAUCGAGAGCCGAGACUUUGUCUGCCGCAGCUUCAACUACAGAGACACGGCCGCCUCCAGCUACGAGGACAGAGAUAGGGAUCGAGAUCGCGAGUCACCCAACUGCGAACUAAGUGACCGAGACUCACGAGAGCUGGACAUCCACGAUCCGGGCUCCUUCGACGCCUCCAACUAUGACUUUUAUGAGCGCAGCAUUGGACGCAGUGGCGAUGGCGAGUGCAUGGAUGUGACUCAGACGUGCAAUGAAGAGGGAAUGGAGUUCACCAUCCGCACACCGGAAGGCUUCUUGGGACGUAUCUACACCUAUGGCUUCUACGAUCGCUGCUUCUUCCGUGGCAACGGCGGCACCGUCAAUGUCCUAAGGAUCAGUGGUCCACAGGGUUAUCCGGAUUGUGGAACCCAACGAUAUGGCGACACCUUGACCAACAUCGUGGUGGUCCAGUUCUCGGACAAUGUACAAACGAGCAGGGAUAAGCGGUAUAACCUGACCUGCAUCUUCCGGGGUCCUGGCGAGGCGGUGGUUAGUUCUGGUUACAUAGGAGCAGGUUCUGGUAGCCCCAUUCCCAUUGAGUAUCUGCCUGCGGAAAAUACUUUGAGCUCCAAGGUUCGACUGAGUAUUCUGUACCAGGGCAGACCCACCACCACCAUAGCUGUGGGAGAUCCUCUCACCUUCCGGUUGGAGGCUCAAGAUGGCUACAACCAUGUCACUGACAUUUUUGCCACAAAUGUGGUGGCCCGAGAUCCCUACUCCGGACGCAGUAUCCAGCUGAUAGAUCGCUUUGGCUGCCCUGUAGAUCCAUUCGUAUUCCCAGAACUGGACAAGUUGAGAGAUGGCGAUACCCUGGAGGCCAGAUUCAAUGCUUUUAAGAUACCCGAAUCCAAUUUCUUGGUCUUUGAGGCCACAGUUCGCUCCUGUCGCGAGGGGUGCCAGCCGGCGUAUUGCCCCGGGCCAGCAGGUCGUCAGGAGCCGUCAUUCGGACGCAGGCGAAGAUCUCUGAACGCUACUGAGGAAUCUACGGAACCCGAGGCUCUCGCUUUAGAAGGAGGAGGCGGCAACCAACUGGACUCCGAUGAGGUUACCGUGGUCAAUAGCACCACAGUGAGUGCUACUCUGGGACAGGUUCCCCUAAAUGAGACCCAAAUGGGAGAGAAGUCCAAGGAGGCCGAGGAACCGGAGCAAGUUCGUGAAAUGAUCGAGGUGUUCGAAACCCGCGAAGAGAUCGAGAAGGAGUCGUAUCCACGCAAGCUGGUGGCUCCCGUGGAAACGGUGUGCAUGACUCCAGCGGAGUACCAUGGCCUGAUCACCGCCAUUAUCCUGCUAAUGAUCCUGCUAUUCAGCAUAACGCUUGUAGCAGGUCUGGGUUACAGACGCUACUGGAAAUCGAUAUCCAAGAACCGUUUGGUGGACCGACACUCGCCGAUCCAUUCGCUGGGCCACUCCCAUUCAUCCAUACGCACCCAUGAGCGCUUCACGGAGAUCGGACACAUGCCCAACCUGUCUGGCAGUGGAGGAGGAGGAAGUGCCAGCGGCGGAACUGGAGGCGGAGCCAAUCAGAGCGCAUCGAAUCGGGCCUCGAACGCUUUUCGCACCAACAUGUCCAUGUUCGGCGGCUCAUUACACAAGACGUUUGCCACGGGCAACCUGGCGCGCAUGUGCCAGCUGCCAGUGAUAAAUCCCAUGCGCAGCGCCGCCCAUGCCCACCAGUUCGAGGAUCCCAGCGAGCCCAUCUAUACGGAUCCCUCGCUCUUCGAGCGCUCCAGAUCGCUGCGUAGUCUGACCAUGGUGGCCGAGUCCGAGGAUAAUCAGGAGGUCUGAAGCUACAGGCACCUCUUGUGAUUAGUUGUAAAUAAGCUAAAGGUUUUAAAGAAAGCAUAAAGAAAGCUCUCAACUUAAUCAAACAAAAACUCAAUCAAUAUCUAUAUACGCUAGCUGAAUGCGUGGGAGGCUCUUUAUAUACAGAGCUCCAUUCCAAGUAGCCUAAGAACUGCACCACAGAGCAAUAUCCAAGUAUUUAACAUAGUCUAUCUAAGCCUUAACAAAACGGAAGGAAACCCCAUUAAUUAUUCUCUAUAACAGCUAAGAUAUGAAAUGCAAU